AAACACACCACUUUUCUGCAACUUCAGAUGAUCGGUCAACUUUGAAGAGAGAAUGAGAAUGGGAAGUGAUUCGCUUGUCUUGUCUGCGAGACUCUUAGGUUUAGUAAUCGCAGUUGUGGUUGUGUACUGGUUUCUUUUGCUCAAUUCCAGCUUCGCCCCUCGUCAAGGCUUCACAUCCACGACAACUCAUGCUUUGCUGAUGGUGAUAGGCUUCGUUCUUGUAAGUGGAGAAGCGAUUCUGAUACACAGAUGGUUGCCUGGUUCAAGGCAAACGAAGAAAGCAGUUCAUCUAUUGCUACAAGGAGUGGCAUUAGUCUCUGCCGUGUUUGGAAUGUGGACAAAGUUCCAUUACCAAUCAGGAAUAUUAUCUAAUUUCUACAGUCUUCAUUCUUGGAUGGGUUUACUCUCCGUUUCUCUCUUCGCUCUCCAGUGGGUGACUGGGUUCUUGAGCUUCUGGUAUAAAGGAGAAGCACCGGAAACGAGAAGUACGUUUCUUCCAUGGCACGUCUUUCUCGGACUCUACAUCUACUGUCUAGCCAUUGCGACCGCUGAGACCGGGAUACUUGUGAAGCUGACACACCUUCAGACCAAUAGAAACGUCCCUAGACGCUGUGCUGAAUCAUUGAUCCUCAAUGGUGUAGGACUCGGCUUGGUUCUACUAUGUGGCCUUGUUAUAAGAGCGGCUGUUUUGCCAAAGUAUCAGAGCCAUUCUUCUGGUAAUGAGAAACUCGUUUAUUCAUCUCAAGACCGUCCCAAAUGUUUGGCUUCUUGACUUCUCUUUUUCUCAAAUUUUUGUUUUGUAUUUGAGGGGACAAACUUAACGUCUCUGGUAUACGCAAAGGAACAAAUUAAUUCUUUUAUAAAUGUAUUGCACAUUGUGAUGAUGAUACUUCUGUCCAGAAUCUUGGAUUUAACAGACAUAGGAUUAUUUGGGUCCAAUGCAAGAAAUUUC